AUGCAAGCAAUCCAAAAAAAAACAAACGAAUUUUGGGUGCCAUUAAGGGAUCAAUACAAAAAAAAUCCGAAGGAGUUGGAGCGUCUCGCACUAUUAAAAAUUGAAGAGCUUUGUCAAAUUGCGACUAAGAAAAGCGCACGACGCCUCAAUUUCUUUGUAAAGCUACCUGCACGAAAAGCUUCAACCACGCAAGGUGAUCUCAAAUUGCUUCCCAAAAUUGAAGAUAUUACCAGUGAUGACAAGAGUGAUGAGUCGAUUUCUAUUCCUCGGAAAGCCUGCGAUAAUGAAUCGUGUGUUGGUCAAGCAUCUACUUCAAUACCUUCUACAUCUAUAAAAGGUCCGACACCAAAACAAGACGUUUUGAAAUCUGAAAUUUCAGUUCUUGAAGCUGAAUUAAAUGCCUCCGUAAAAAAGCGAGAUGCAGGGCUGGGCACAGAUAGAAUUGAGAUGAAGAUUAAAAAAUUAAGACACGAUACUGAAAUAAAGAAAAAAGAGUUACAUAACAAAAUAGUCCGUGCAAAUAACAUGCGAAAAUUUAGAGCAAAACAAAAAUCUGAAAUUUUGAGUCUGAAAUCCGCUCAUUCCAACGUACAAUCUUCAUCUAUCAGGACUGAGCCAGGACGCCCUCCACUUGAAGAAAAUCAGGCAGGGCUUCUUCAAGUAAUUUGCGAUAUAGCAACACAUGGAAGCUCAGCUGCUGAUCGACGCCGAUCAGAAGUAUUGAGAACUUGUAAGACUCUUGAUGAAUUGCAUGCACUUCUUGUUGAAGAUGGAUUUGUUAUCUCACGAACCUCCACAUACCGUAGGCUGAUUCCAAAGUAUUCUGGAUCUUUAGAAGGCAAGCGCCAUGUCACAACUGUGCCUGUAAGACUGUGUCGAGCCCAAACAGAUAGACACCGAGAUCACGCCGAUCAAUAUUUCUGCAAGGCUACUGCCAACAGUCUCGAAGAGCUUGCAUCUAUACUUGGGCCUGAACAGGUAGUUUUUAUCUCUCAAGAUGAUAAAGCCAAAGUACCCAUAGGAAAAACAGCUGCAAAAGUACAAGCUCCUGUUUUAAUGCAUCUGAAUUAUAAAGUGCGCCUCGACGACCACGAUUUUGCUGUUGGACAACGCCAUCAACUGACUCCUUCGGUAUAUGCUGGGAUCAUAAUCAAAGAAAACUGCAUGGGUAGAAAAGAAGCUGUUACAUAUUCUGGCCCAACGUAUAUCGCAAUACGCAGCGGAAAACAUAGUAGUUCAACAGCAGCAACUCACGCCAAUGAUCUUAUAAAACUACUAACAUUGGAUGAAUUCAAAAAUCUGGCUUUGGGGAAAGAUGGAAAAGUCAAGCCUGUAAUGAUAAUUUCAGUGGAUGGAGGACCGGACGAAAAUCCACGCUACAAAAAGGUGAUAUCUCAUUGUAUAUCGCACUUUCAAAAGUACGAUUUGGAUGGGCUAUUUGUAUUUACCAACGCACCGGGUCGAUCGGCUUAUAACCGAGUAGAGCGAAGGAUGGCACCAUUGAGCCGUGAACUAGCCACGGUAGUCCUUCCAUAUGAGCACUACGGUUCCCAUCUCGAUUCUCAAGGGCGAACCAUCGAUGAAGAACUAGAAGUGAAAAAUUUUCAGCAUGCAGGUGAAACGUUGGCUGAGAUUUGGUCCCAGGUGGUAAUUGACAACCACAACGUGAUAGCGGAGUAUGUGCCCCCUGGGGAAGUGCUUUCCGAAACUGCACAAGUAUCCGACAAGUGGUAUGGAAAUCACGUUCGGGAAAGCCAGUAUUUCCUACAAAUUACAAAGUGCGCCGAUAGUUCCUGCUGCGCUCCUCGCCGCAGUGCUCUACGAAAUGUUCUGCACCAAGGGUUCUUGCCGGCACCUUUUCCGAUGUCGCAAAAUCCGUUUAAAAUACCAAGCCCAGAUGAAGUCGGAUCGGAGACAUUUCCGUCAUUGCUUGUGCGGCAGUGCAUCUCAUUGCGCCCUGAUGUGACACGGGGCAAAGAAAUGCCGUAUGACACCUACUGCCCAACAAUAAAGAAAAAUAUUAACGAUAGGACAUGCACCAUCUGUGGCUUAUAUUUUGCGUCGAAAGUGUCAAUGACCAGUCACCGCAAAAAUAUUCAUGGCGGAGCAACGGACGCGUCUCGCGUCCGACCUCUGCGGGUUCUCUCCAGACGACCACAAGAGAUAUUGUGUGUUAUGGAGGAAGAUGUGGAGUGGGUAGACGUCGAGACCGUCGAUGAUGAGGCAGUUGAUAUCAACAUGGAUAUUACCCCGGUAUUAACCAUCGCCCCCAUUAUCCAUAACGUUUCCCAGUGGAUUGAUAGUGGUAACGUCUUCAUUGAAGAUAUUUGA